UUCUCCUUCUUCCAUCACAGCAACAAGCAAAGCAAAGCAAGCAAGUUAUUAUUUGCAUUAAUUCCAACAAAUAUUUCCAAUAACAAAAAAAAAAUGAUGAGAAGAAUGCAGCUACAAUCAUUACUCUUUUCCUCAUCACUUAUACUAAUAACACUCAGCACCAUCACUUCAGCACAGCUCUCACCAGUUCAGCCCCCAACAACGGCACCCCCAGCGCCGCCGCUCUCACAGCCCACAGCACCCGCCCCGGGAUUCAACACCGUGCCCCUAGUACCAACCACGCCAAGUGGGGCCCCCACACCCACCGUAACGGUCCCAAAGGGCCCCACCAUCGACAUCGUUCAAAUCCUCAAAAAAGCCAAGAGAUUCUCCGUCCUCAUCCGCCUCCUCAAGACAACACAGCUCAUCAACCAGCUAAACUCACAGCUCGUCACCACUUCCUCCGGCGGCUUAACCCUCUUCGCGCCUGAGGACUCCGCCUUCUCCAAGCUCAAACCAGGCUUCCUCAACUCCCUCACUGAUCGCCAGAAGGUUGAACUCUUGCAGUUCCACUCACUCUCUUCCUUCAUCGCCAUCUCCAACUUCGAUACUCUCACCAACCCUGUUCAGACACAAGCCGGUGAUGACCCUCAGAGGCUUCAGCUUAAUGUUACCACCUAUGGAGGUAGCCAGGUUAACAUGGCCACCGGCGCCGUCAACGCCACCGUUACUGGCACCAUUUACUCAGACAAUAAGCUUGCCAUAUACCAGGUGGACAAGGUGCUUCUGCCACUUGACCUCGUUCUUCCAGCAAAAUCCCCGGCUCCGGCGCCGGGUCUUGCUUCGGCCAAGGCAUUGCCGAAGGCGGCAAAGGGAAAUUCAACGACGGCUGCGGACGAUAGUGGUAGCGACGCCGGUGACACCGAUGACGACAAGGCAUUGCCGACAGAUGCUUCUUCUGCAGAAUCGGUGAAGGUGGUAGUGUGGAUGAUGAGUGUUGCUGUCGCAGUGGCUUUGGUGGGUGCAACCAUGUUUUAAUCUCAAACAGAGUAUAGGAUUUUUUUGUUUUGUUUUGGGGGGUUGGGUAUCUCUGCAUGCAUGGUGAGUGGUAUUUUAUUUCGAUUUUCUUCAUCCAUCGUUUUUCUUCUUUUUUUCUUCAUUAUUAUAUUAUUAUUUCCCUUUUAAAUUCUCCGGUAUAUUCAUCUUCGCUCAGCUGUCUUAUUGACUUUAUUAUUGUUUAAUUUGUAUGUUUUGAAACCAGUUUUAUAAGAGAAAAGGUGAUUAUUUAUUUUAUUA